AUGUCUAGUUCCUCUCUGGCUGAAAACUCCAAGCGCAACAUGAACAUGGCUUUGACAUACCACUCCCCUAUAUCAGCAAGCCCUCAUAUGAAAAUUUACUCCCAGAACGCUAGGGGUCUCAACAGCCCUGAUAAACAACGCAAAUUACUAGAAGAUCUUAAAAGAGCUUCCGCAGACAUUGUCUGCCUACAAGAAACACAUUUUGUUAAACUCAGAGUCCCCCAAUUUGGCACCAGGGAAUACCCAAUGCAAUUUCAUGCGGCACACACCUUUAAGGUCAGAGGCGUCUCCAUACUCAUCCACAAAUCACUGUCGUUUGAAUUACUCAAACUCAUAACCGAUAGCCAAGGUAGAUACCUUAUGAUUUUGUGCACAAUCAAUGACAUCACCUAUACAAUAGUGAACGUAUACAGUCCUAACUCCCAACAAAGAAAUUUCCUACACAAAGUUUUAUCCAAGAUGAACCCCAUUAGAACAGACCUCACGAUGAUAUGCAGAGACCUUAAUCACACUCUAGACCAUAAAUUAGACACGUCCUUGCACAUAUCAGCUUCUAGACACCUCCAUCUUAAACCACAAUGCCAAUCCAUGACCAAGCUAGUACUUGAGUUUGGACUGUAUGAUACCUGGAGGGCACUACACCCAUCUGACCACUCCUAUACUCACUACUCACAGGCACAUAAAACGCCUGGCAAAGCAUGGUAG